AUGACUACCUAUCCCGUUUCUCUAGGGGUACUACCGCGGGACUCUGUUCCCAGGGAAGGCGCAGCUGCUCCCUGGGACCGGGCAGCUGUUCUCCGGGACCAAGCAGCUAUUCCUCGGGAUCGGACAACUGUCCCCGAGACCGGGCAGCUGUUCCCCGCGACCGGACACCUCUCAAUCUAUCUAUCUCUCACAGCAUGUCCAUGCAUAUCUAUUUUAGUCUUUUCAUAUCUGUCUACGUAUCUAUCUAUCUAUCUAUCUAUCUAUCUAUCUAUCUAUCUCAGCUUGUUCAUAUCUAUCUACCUAUCUCUCUCUCUCUCAGCUUGUUCAUAUCUAUCUACCUAUCUAUCUAUCUCAGCUUGUUCAUAUCUAUUUAUGUACGUAUAUAUCUCUCUCAACUUGUUCAUAUCUAUCUAUCUAUCUAUCUAUCUAUCUAUCUCAGCCUACACAUACCUCUUUCUCAAUAUCUAUCUUCCGCUCUGGCUAUUUACCAUAUUUUAUAUCUUCUUCCCCUUUAUAUUGCUUUCCUAUCACUCUUAUUCUCUCUCACCGUCCUCCUCUCUCUCUCUCUCUCUCUCUCUCUCCCUCUCUCUCUCCCUCUCUCUCUCUCUCCCUGACCCACUCUAUCUAUCUAUAUAUCUCUUUUGA